AUGCGGGAGGGUAGUUUUCCGCGGAGGGCGCUGCUUUUCGGCCUUCUCCUGGGCCUGCUCUCGACCGUCGCUGCCUUCAACAUCGACACGAAAAAUGCGGUUCUGCAUCACAUGGCCGGCAAUUAUUUCGGAUAUUCGCUUGACUUCUACAAUGAGCAGAAGGGAAUGCCAAUGUGAGAAUCGGGCUGAGAACUGAACAAGAGUGUCUCUUUUCAGACUUGUCGUCGGUGCUCCAGAAGCCGAAACCACCAAUCCGAAUCUCGCCGGGAUCAGAAGACCUGGAGCCGUUUACGCGUGCUCCGUUAACAGACCGACGUGUCGUGAAGUGCACGUGGACAAACAGAAAGGAAAUCUGAAAAAACUGAACGGAUCCCACCUCGUUCCCAUCGAGGACAAGGCCUAUCAGUUCUUCGGAGCUACCGUCCGCGCCAAUGACAAACACGACAAACUCAUUGUAAAAAAAGUCCCGUACCAUUCCUUUUAUUGAAGUUAACAAUCUUUCAGAUGUGCGCCCCGAAGUACAAGUACUUCUACUCGAAGUUCGAGGUGAUUGAACCAGUAGGAACAUGCUUCUACGCGGAGAACGGCUUCGAGAAUACCGAAGAGUUCUCCUCUUGCAAACAAGAACGUAUGCUUUCCUUCUUUUUCUCUACUUGAACUGAAGCAUUUUCAGCCGCUCGUCAUGGUCGUCAUCGGCUCGGAUACGGUCAAUGUGGAUUCUCGGGAGCCAUUCCGGGAAAGAAGAAGCAAGAUCGCAUCUUUCUGGGAGCUCCUGGUGUCUGGUAUUGGCAGGGAGCCGUAUUCUCGCAGAACAUCAAGAACCAGACGGACCGUCCGAAUACGGAGUACGGUAGCAAGGAAUACGAUCACGAUAUGAUGGGGUACGCGACUGCCACCGGAGACUUUGACGGCGAUGGAAUCGAUGACAUUGUUGCGGGAGUGCCACGUGGAAACAACUUGCACGGAAAGCUGGUAUUGUACACUUCGAAGCUCAAACUGAUGGUGAAUCUGACCGACGAGGUAUCGAACCAACAUGGACAAUACUGCGGAGGAGCCGUCGCUGUGGCUGAUGUCAACAAAGACGGGUGUGUGAGAAUAGGAAACGAUAAAAGAGUCUUCGUAGGAUCAUUCUGAGACUUCCGUUCUUUCAGACGCGAUGAUAUUCUGAUGGGCUGUCCGUUCUACACUGAUUACGCCACCGUAAAAGACGCGAAAACACAGGAGCGCAAGCCGCAGUACGACGUCGGAAAGGUGAUUGUGUUCCUCCAGACGGCUCCGGGAGUGUUCGGAAAGCAACUCGCCGUAGUCGGAGAUGAUCAGUGGGGAAGAUUUGGACACGCUCUGGCUGCUGCCGGAGAUUUGAAUUUGGAUGGGUACAAUGGUAAGUGAACCGAGUAAGAUUAAUGGGUCAGUCAAUUGAAUUUCUCUGUGCAGAUGUCAUUGUGGGUGCUCCAUACGCCGGAAAAAAUAAGCAGGGAGCAGUUUAUGUAAUUCAUGGAUCGAAAGAAGGGGUCAGGGAGAAGCCGACUCAGAAGAUCGAGGCCUCUCAGAUCGGACACGGAACUGCAAAGGCAUUCGGAUUCUCUGUGGCCGGAGGAGUCGAUGUGGACGGAAACGGAAUGCCGGACAUUGCGGUCGGAGCCUGGAAGUCUGGAAAUGCGGCUGUUCUGCUCACGAAGCCAGUUGUGACUGUGACGGGACAGACGGAGCCAGAGAGUGCACUGAUCAAUGUGGAGGAGAAGAACUGCGACGUGGACCAGAAACUGGGAAAGCAGGCAUGCAGACACAUCAACACGUGUUUUAAGUACGAAGGAAAGGGAGACACGCCGAACGACCUGGAAUUCGAUCUUCGAUUCAAUCUAGACGAUCACUCUCCGGAGCCGAGAGCGUAUUUCCUGCAGAAAGAUGUUAAGUCUGAUCGCAGCAUCAAAGUGGCGUCUGGAUCGAAGACGAAGGAUCAUCCGUCCUCGAUUGAACAGAGAGUUCGGCUAGAGAAGGGAAGGCAGAAGUGCUUCAGACACCGAUUCUUCGCUUCUUCCACAAUGAGGUUAGUCUGCUCUGAUUGUUCUUUUUCUUAUUCUAUCCGUUAUCAGAGACAAACUCUCUCCGAUCCACUGGUCCGUCAACUACACGUACGUUGAGUCGAAAACUGGAAAACUUCGAGGAGACAAGCUGGAACCAGCAAUCGACACGACUGUCCCACUGUCCUUCCAAAACAAGAUCAACAUAGCGAACAACUGCGGAAAGGACGACCUCUGUGUGCCAGAUCUCAAAGUCACUGCCGUCGCGUCAGUUUCUUCCCCUCCCUUUGCUCCUUUCAUAUUCCGUUUUCAGUGAUCGUGAGAAGUUCCUUCUCGGCACCCAAGACAAUACAAUGCUCAUCAAUGUGACCGUUCAGAACGGAGGAGAAGAUUCCUACGAGACGAAGCUGUACUUCGACGUUCCGCAAGGAUUCGAGUACGGAGGUAUCGAGAGUGUCGGAGGAGACUCUAAAUCCGCUCCGGCCUGCUCUCCCACUUCCGACGAGCCAGAUUCCGAUGGGAAAUGGACGUUCGCCUGCGACCUCGGCAACCCGCUUCCGGCCAAUAAAGUGGUGAGCAGCGUCGUACGAGUGACCGCUUCUUCUGAGAAACCGCCGCUCGCUCCGAUCAGCAUCAAUGCGCACGUGAACAGCAGCAAUGACGAGGAGGCGAACACGGUAGCUGACAACCAAGUGACGUUCACGAUCCCCGUGGAUUUCAAGAACCAAUUGAGUCUGAACGGCCGUUCCAACCCGGAACAAGUCGACUUCUCCGCUGUCAACAAGUCUCGUCCGGAUGUAUUCGAUGACAACGAGAUCGGACCAGUGGUCUCCCACUUGUACCAGAUCAGCAAUAGAGGUCCUUCUGAGAUCGACGCCGCCACUCUUGACAUCUUCUGGCCAUCGUUCUCCACCGACGGGGGACACCUUCUCUACAUCAUCACUGAGCCAGUCGUCAAUCCGCCGAACAAGGGAAGAUGUCGAGUGAAGCAGUUGCAGAAUGUGAAUCCACUCAAUCUCCGGAUCACGAACGAGCACGUGCCGACAGAGCCGCCCGUCGCCAAUACUCCGAACGAGUACUCGAGGGAGGAAGACGACGAGUCCUACGAAGACGUUGAGACGACUACGCACCAGCAGGCAGGGGGGCACGGUCACGGACCAGUUCAUGUGUACGAGAAAGAUGAGGAGAAGAUCAAGCAGAACACUGGAAAUUGGCAGUUUGUGGAGGACAAAAAGAAGAAGGGAGACUACGAAUACAUUCCGGACGAUCAGGAAUACGACGGAGAUGACUUCGAAGAUGACGACGACGAAGAUCUAGACAGAGCAGGAAGCCGAGUGAAGAGAAAUCCGAAGAAGAGAAAAGGAGGACCUCGUGGAGAACCGAGAAGCGAUAGGGCCAGAUUCUCGGAUCUUCGUGACGCGGUCAAGUUGUCGAAGGAGGCCGGAGGAGUCGUCGACUACAAGGGACCACUCUCGCGAGCGAGUGUCGACUGCAACUCCCUCCGAUGCACACACAUCGAGUGUGACAUUUAUGAUCUGAAGGAGGACGAAUUCGUUCUCGUCGAGAUCUUCUCCCGUCUCUACACAAACACUCUCGUGGACGAACAGAAUCCAGGAGGAGACAUUUCGUCUCUGGCUCUCGCGCGAGUCACCUCCACCAAGUACAAUCUGCCACACAAACCGACGCUCAUCACUGCCGUCUCCACGAAUAUGAAUGCGAUUGCUGCCGAGGAGGGACGCGAUCUUCCGUGGUGGCUGUAUCUCCUGGCAGUUCUCAUCGGACUCGCCAUCCUCAUUCUCCUCAUUCUCCUGCUCUGGAGGGUAACUGUUUUAUCCCUUCUUACCGUAUUUCAUUCCUUUCAUUUCAGUGUGGAUUCUUCAAACGGAACCGUCCGCCCACCGAGCACGCGGAGCUCCGUGCCGAUCGUCAGCCGGAUGCUCACUACGCGGACACCAAGAGUCGUUACGCCCCGCAAGACCAGUACAAUCAGGGCCGUCACGGUCAAAUGCUUUAG